CGGGCUGCGUGUGCCGACGGCCCGUGGUGUGCACAAAAUCCCCGAAAACCGAGGAAAUGGUGCACACCUCGUGCUUGGUUCAUGUCUCGAGACGCAGAAAGGCGUGUCUGUCUACGGUAUGGCCCAGUCAACAGACAGAAUGUUGCUGCAGAUGGUAUCCACCGUCAAUAACUCAUCCUUGCUUCAGCCAGGCUUCUCUCUCCUGAAUUUUGAUGGGCAUGUUUUCUUUUUUGGUCAGAAAGGAUGGCCAAAGAGAUCCUGCCCCACUGGUGUUUUCCUCCUCAAUAUAAAGCAGAAUGAGCUCAAAAUGAAACCUGCCUUCUUCUCUAAAGACUCGUGUUACCUUCCCCCUCUCCGCUACCCUGCACUUUGCACACUCAGAAGCGAUGCAAGGGCUGAUGAGUACCAGUAUAUCAUCCACGGUGGUAAAACACCUAACAAUGACCUUUCUGAUAAGAUUUACUUUAUGAGUCUGGUAAGCAAAGCUAGCAAGAAAAUGACGUUCCAAUGCAUUGAGAAAGAGCUGGGUGGAGAUGUCCCUGAAGCUAGAUACGGGCAUACAAUUAAUGUAGUUCAUAGCCGGGGAAAAAGCAUGAGUGUUCUGUUUGGAGGGAGGUCGUAUACUCCUCUUGAACAAAGAACCACUGAAAAAUGGAACAGCGUAGUCGACUGUUUGCCGUCUGUGUUUCUUAUUGAUUUUGAGUUUGGAUGCUGUACAUCAUACAUACUUCCAGAGCUUCAAGAUGGACUUUCUUUCCAUGUUUCAAUUGCCAGAGAUGACACUAUCUACAUCUUGGGAGGCCACUCACUUCAAAAUAACACCAGGUCCCCUAACUUGUACAAGCUAAAAAUUGAUCUGCCGCUGGGCAGCCCAGCUGUGACCUGCACCAUCCUGCCAGGGGGGAUAUCAGUGUCAAGUGCUAUAGUGACCCAGAUCAGUGACAAUGAAUUUGUCCUUGUCGGUGGCUACCACUCAGACAACCAGAAACGACUGGCAUGUAACACCAUAGUUCUGGAAGACAGUAAGAUAGAGAUUGUUGAAAGUGUGAGCCCAGAGUGGACACCAGAUAUUAAACACUGCAGAAUGUGGUUUGGCUGUGAUAUGGGUAAGGGGUCUGUUUUGCUGGGCAUUCCAGGGGCCAACAAACAGAUAAUGCCAGAUGCAAACUACUUCUACAUUUUGAGAUGCAAAGGCGCAGAAGAGGACAAGGAAGAAGAAUUGAUAACACAAAUUUGCAGUCAGACAUCAAGUGAAGACCCUGGAGAUUCUGCUCCAUUUGAAGAUUCAGAGGAGUUUUGUUUUAGUGCUGAAGCCAACAGCUUUGAUGCUGACGAUGCUGAUACUUACAAUGAAGAUGAUGAAGAAGAUGAAUCAGAAACAGGCUACUGGAUCACCUGCUGUGCCAGUUGCAAUAUUGACAUUAACACCUGGGUCCCUUUCUAUUCGACAGAACUCAACAAGCCCGCAAUGAUCCUGUGUUCCAGUGGGGCUGGCCACUGGGUCCACGCGCAAUGUAUGGAUCUCUCAGAGACCAGGCUUCUACAUCUCUCAGAAGCAAAUAUCAAGUACUUCUGCAACAAGCACAUUGACCUUAAUAAAGGGCUAAAAACUCCCCAAAAGGUGAUGUGCCUGAAAAAGUCUCCCAUGAAACCGUCGCGCAAAAAGAAAACCAUGAAGUUAUCAACAUCAAUGAAAAAGUCCUUUCUUCGGAGACUGUUUGAAUAGAUUUACACUGCUGAUUUGUAUUCACCUGGGAGAAAAUGAAAUCACAGGCAAAUGCAACAAUGGUUGAAGCAAAGUGGCUUAUUGGAGCUUGAAGAGAUCUUAUCUCAGUUAUCUCAAUGUUUUUGUUAAAUUUCAAAGCACAUUAAUUUUUUCUGUCUCUUUAUAUGUAUUUUUGUAGUACCCAGACAUGGACCCCAUCCUAGAGGGCACCAUGCAAACACACAGCCAGAAGCCAGAUACUGGUAAACUGUGUGCUGAAUUUUAUGCUAUAACUUACUUCCCAGUAAGUCUAAUGGAACUGCUGGUAGGAUAAGACAUUAUCCCAUGUAGUCAGUGGUGUUUCCAUCUGUCCAUAAAGAACAUUUUAAUUUUUUUAUCUUAGUCAGUAGUUCUAGAAAUAUUUGACCUAAUUUAUGGCUGCAUUACUCCAGUUUUAUGUUGGUGUAAUGAAAUAAAAUGAGACUAAUUACUCUGAUUUUAAACAAAAGUAGUGUUUUAAGUCCCUUGUGUCAGAAAUAAUGAAAUAUUCAGAUAGUGAGGGUCAGUUUUCUUCAGGGACUUCCAUUAUGGAAAGCUUACAUAUGGAGCAUUUAAUUCUGGAUAAUUAAUUUUUUAUUUUGAGAGUUACGGAAUGAUUAUAUGUCAGUUUUGGCUACAGUUGUGGAAUAUCAUCUCACAAUAAAAAUUAAAUUGCUUUUUUAAAACUAC